GCUGCACUCAGGCCUUGACCUCAGCUGACCCUGAGAGCCCACAUGGGCUGUAGGGUCUAAUUUCAGCUCCAGCCACAGGACCAAAGCCCAGGAGUGCCUGCCAGUGGGCACAGGGGUGAUCAGGGCUGCUCAGGGGCUGCUCCAGCAGGAGGAUUGGGGAAACCAGCCCUGCUUCCAUCCAGCCCUGCACCCUUUCCAAGCCACCUCCUGUGGGAGCCCUGACGGGUCCCCCAUGGCCUGGCAGACGGCCCUUCUCUCUGUCCAGGCCAAGGUCAGGGGGUGCAGCCAGGAGGGCAGAAGGACACUACCUUGCAGUCUGGACAGGGGUUGCAUCAGCCCGAGCAGCCCUCGGGGCAGGGGCCCUGCUGGGGGGGAAGGUUUGGUUUGUCCAAAGUCCGAGGAAGCCAAGUGCUGACCACAGGGAGGCAGGGCUGGAGAGCUGGUCCCACCUGGCCUCCUGGUGCCUGGCCUGGGACUUGCUGUUAGACCUUACAUAGGGAGCCUGCCCUCAACGGGCCUUCUGUACCCACCUGUACCAUGAGGGCACUGUACCUAGAAGGUUGAUCGCAGUCCUAGAGACGUGCCCUCUGUCCCCUGCUCCUCCGCUUCCUGCAGCCCUGGCUGUGGGUGGCCACAUGCAGUCAUGGAGAAGAAAGUCCCUCUGGCUGGCACUGUCUGCCUCCUGGCUCCUCGUCCUGCUGGGAGUCUUCCCCCUUCUCCGCCUGGCAGUGCCCUCCAGACCCCGGGCAGGGACCCCCCAAGGCUGGCCCCGCUGGCUGGACGCCGAGCUCCUGCAGAGUUUCUCCCAACCUGCGGAAUUUCCGGAAGAUGGCCCUCAACCUCCUCGAGCCCCCGGUGGAGGCAGCUGCACCUGGGAAGCUUGCUUUGAUGCCUCAAAGUGCAGAGGGGGUGGCCUCAAGGUGUUCGUGUACCCAGCGACUGGACCCGUCUCAGAGACUCGCCGCAGGAUCCUGGCUUCCAUCGAGGGCUCCCGCUACCACACCUUCAGCGCUGCUGAGGCCUGCCUCCUCCUCCUCCUCAGCCCGGACACCCCCGCUGGACAGUGCACCCCGGUGCCCCUGCAAUGGGACGGGGGCAGGAAUCACCUGGUCCUCGGUCUCCACCCAGCCCUGUGCCCCCGGCCCUUCCAGCUGGGACAGGCGAUGGUGGCCCAGGCCAGACCCACAGUGGACACCUUCCGGGCUGGCUUUGAUGUGGCCCUCCCGCUUCUCCCUGAAGCCCACCCGUUGCGAGGUGGGGCGCCUGGCCAGCUGCGACAGCACAGCCCGCACCCCGGGAUGGCCCUGCUAGCCCUGGCAGAGGAGAGGGGCGGGUGGCACACAGCAGGCACCAACUCCUCUGCCUGCCCCUGGGAUGGGCGCUGUGAGCAGGACCAUGGACCCAAGCAGACCCACCCUGGGGCAACGCUACCCAAUGCCACCUUCUGCCUCAUCCCUGGCCGAAGUUCUGAUGCCUUGCACUUCCUCCAAGCCCUGCAGGCUGGCUGCAUCCCUGUGCUUCUCAGCCCUCGCUGGGAGCUGCCCUUCUCCGAGGUCAUCGAUUGGACCAAGGCGGCCAUUGUAGCUGAUGAGAGGCUCUCACUUCAGGUCCUGACUGCCCUCCAGGAGAUGCCCCUCACACGGGUCCUUGCCCUGCGUCAGCAGACCCAGUUUCUAUGGGACGCCUACUUCUCCACAGUGGAGAAGGUCAUCCAUACCACUCUGGAGAUCAUUCAGGACCGGAUCUCUGGAGCAUCUGCUCACCCCUCGCUACUGUGGAACAGCCCUCCAGGGGCACUCCUGGCCCUGCCCACUUUCUCCACAAGCCCCUCGGACUUCCCCUUCUAUCACCUACAACAGGGCUCUCGUCCUCUGGGCAAGUUCAGUGCCCUGAUUUGGGUGGAGGCUCCAGGCCAGCUCCCCAUGAAGCUCAUCCAGGCAAUGGCAGGCUCCCAGCACUGUGCCCAGAUCUUGGUUCUCUGGAGCAGUGAGAAGCCACCCCCACCAAGGUUGCCGGAGACAGCAGUGCCCUUGACAGUCAUUGAUGGACCCAGGAAGGUCAGUGGCCGCUUCUUCCCGUACAGCGCCAUCAACACAGAUGCCAUCCUCAGCCUCGACGCCCACAGCAGUCUUUCCACAAGUGAGGUGGACUUCGCGUUUGUGGUGUGGCAGAGCUUCCCGGAGCGCAUGGUCGGCUUUCUGACGUGGAACCACUUCUGGGAUGAGGCUCGGGGUAGCUGGGGCUACACUGCUGAGAGGGCCAAUGAAUUCUCCAUGGUUCUCACCUCGGCUGCCUUCUACCACAGGUAUUACCACACCCUUUUCACCCACUCCCUGCCCAAGGCUCUGUGGACCCUGGCCGAUGAGGCACCCACCUGUGUGGAUGUCCUGAUGAACUUCCUAGUAGCAGCAGUCACCAAGUUGCCCCCUAUCAAGGUGCCCCAUGCAACUCGGCAUAGGGAAACCAGCCCUCCACUGGCACCUGGGGGUCCAGGUCUCAGGCAGGAGCAGCAGCCUGCCACCCAGGACUGCAUCAACCAGAUGGUGGCAGGGUUUGGCCACAUGCCCCUCGUGUCCUCUCGCCUCCGUCUGGACCCAGUGCUCUUCAAGGACCCGGUGUCUGUGCUGCGUAAGAAAUACCGCAGCCUGGAGAAGCCCUAGGAAGGACCGUCUCUACUGCCCUCCAUCUGCCUGGGGUGGGUAGGGAGUGGAGUCUCAGCCUCCCUUGAGACUUCUGGAGACCCAGUCAAGGCUGCCAGCUAGCCCCCACCCGCAGGUCCCGAUUGGCCAACCGCACCCUCCAGUCCCCAGGUGCAAGGGGCUGCCUCUGCUGCUCCGCCUGUGCUUUCAAAGACCUCUUGCCUUUCUGGCUUCUCUGCCAAGCUGACAUCUACUUGUCUUUCAGAUCCUCGUCUCCUCCACCAACUUGCCUGACUCCCACUUCUGCCCCGGAUCCUCUGAGCUUUCCCCAGCUGGGUGUGUCCCACAGUCCCGAGAGCAGUCAUUGCUGCCUUGCAAGGAACACCAUCAAGCCCCAGGGCUGGCCCCGGAGGCCCGGGCCAUGUCCCCUUCUCUCUGGCCUGGCAAGUGUGCCACAAACACUUGACAAAGAGAUGGAAGAGACAUCAACUACAUACCUGGCUCUGGGCCCAGUGAUGGGGGCAUGGGCAGGGUGUUAACAAGUGAGAGCAAAACCCUACCCCCAUCACCUGGGGUUUCUAAUCCGGCCGGAAGGCAGUUUCUCGCAGACUCCUGGAUUGUGAGGCUCAAUCCUGGAUGAAUUGGAGAAGUGUCCGGGAGCCAGUGUCCGGUCUUCCUUCCCGACCGGCGGCCAGAGCAGAGUUUGGGCAGAAGAAGGUGGCCUGGGACCCUUGGCUCAGGCACUGCCGUCUUCCUGCAUUACCAUCCUUGACCACUAGAGGUCAGCACCACACCACGCUUCCUCCUCCCCGAAAGGGAACAGUUCUAAACCAGCCCAGGGAAUGUGGAGGUUGGCGGUGUGCAGCUAGUAGUCUGAAAACUGGGGUAAGGAAUCUGAAAGAAAAGCCCCACCCUUUGGCCCACACAGUUAGGAAGAAGACUGGGCCAUUUAUAGUGGGUGGGUGGGAGCAGGGGCAGUCCCCGAUCGCCCUGCUGAGAGUGGCGUGAGGGAGAUGACGCUGGGUUCGUUCACCUGGAACUGGAAUUAUCACUUCCGAAAUAAAGCCUAUGUCCUUGCCCCCUCAA